UAUAAAUAUAUCAUUACAGUCAGCCUUAAGCAGGCAAGCAGGUCACAUUUUAUUUUCUCAACAUUUUAUUAUUUAACAUUUUUCUACUAUUUUUGUAAAUCAAAAGAAAACAGAAAAUAAAAUUAACAAUGUCGUUGCGUUCUGUAUGUAAUCGCGGAAUUGUCGUGCCACAAAAUUUACGUAUUCUUCAAACCUAUUUACGCAAAAUGGCAACGGAGGCCAGCCUGCUCGAGGUGAUGACUUGUAAGAUAACGGAGGAACAGGAGAAAAUUAAAGCCUUUCGGAAGGAGUUUGGAUCAUUUAAGAUGGGCGAAACAACAAUUGAUAUGAUGUACGGUGGCAUGCGCGGCAUGAGUGCUCUAAUCACAGAGACCUCUGUGCUGGAUCCCGAGGAAGGUAUUCGCUUUCGUGGAUUAUCCAUUCCUGAAUGCCAGGAACAACUGCCGACCGCCGAAGAUGGCUGCGAGCCUCUGCCGGAGGGUUUAUUUUGGCUGAUGAUGACCGGUGAUGUGCCAACCGAGGCACAGGUUAAGCAGUUGUCAUGCGAAUGGGCUGAUCGGUCCAAGGUGCCCAAACAUGUGAUCACCAUGCUGAAGAACAUGCCCAAAACGUUGCAUCCGAUGUCUCAAUUUGCCGCCGCAGUUACAGCUCUUAAUCAUGACAGUAAAUUUGCCAAGGCGUACUCAAAGGGUGUGCCCAAAACCAAGUACUGGUUGUAUGCCUAUGAGGAUUGCAUGGAUCUGAUUGCCAAAUUACCAGUGGUGGCUGCCAUUAUUUACCGUAACGUUUAUCGUGAGGGAAAGGGUCCGGAUAAGAUAGACCCAAAGUUGGAUUGGUCUGCCAACUUGGUUAAUAUGCUCACCUAUGAUGAUCCUGAUUUUGUGGAGCUGAUACGUCUGUAUCUAACUAUUCACAGUGACCAUGAGGGCGGAAAUGUAUCUGCUCACACCACCCAUUUGGUUGGAUCCGCUCUCAGUGAUCCAUAUCUAUCAUUUGCAGCCGGUUUGAACGGGCUGGCAGGACCCCUUCACGGUCUGGCCAAUCAAGAGGUGCUCAUCUGGUUAAGUAAGUUGCAAAAGGAGGCGGGUAAAAAUCCCUCAGAGAAACAAUUAAAAGAUUACAUCUGGAAGACACUGAAAUCAGGACAGGUUGUGCCUGGGUAUGGCCAUGCUGUGCUCCGUAAAACCGAUCCUCGUUAUACCUGCCAAAGAGAGUUUGCCCUUAAGCAUCUGCCCAAAGAUGAGUUGUUCCAGCUUGUGUCCAAUAUUUACAAGGUGGUGCCCCCAAUCCUCACCGAGCUCGGCAAAGUGAAGAAUCCCUGGCCCAAUGUCGAUGCCCACUCCGGCGUUCUUUUGCAGUACUACGGCAUGAAGGAAAUGAACUAUUACACCGUUCUCUUCGGCGUUUCACGUGCUCUCGGCGUGCUCGCUUCCCUAGUCUGGGAUCGAGCUCUUGGUCUACCGAUUGAGCGUCCCAAAUCCUACUCAACCAAUGCGCUUAUUGAACUUACCAAGAAGAGCAAGAAGGACAAGAAAAAAGACUGUUAAGACGAAAAUACUGCAAGAAAUAACUAAAUUAUAAAAGUUUGGAACGAAUCACUAAACUAUCAAAAAUUUAAAUAAAUUAUGUUCAUAAUAUAUCUUGGUAAUCCGGACAAUUGAAAACUAGGUAGAGUCCGACUUACUGCAUUGUCCGGAUUACCGAGAUAAAAAUAAUCUGACCAAAAA